UCAUAAAGACGUUAUUCUACAAAUUAAAAUACAUUUAUAAAUUUAUUUGUCAGUUAAAAAUGGACUUUCACGAGCAAGAUUCAAUGCUAAAAAUCAAUAGAAUGGUUGAGAAUUUUAGAAAAUUAUGUUGUUGUGAACAAUGCGUUGAGUCUCCAAGUUAUUCAACGUCUCCAACACCAUACACAAACUUUUCUGUGAGACAAAUUUUACAGCAAGAUUUCCGGAGAAGCUUACAGUAUGAUUCGGACGGUACAGGCCUGUCCGAAAAUAGCGACGUUUAUUCUAGCUGUGACGAAUGUGAAAGAUGUCCGAGCCCGGAUAUGCAACUGUCUGCGAGUCCGGAACCUUUGGACCUCUCAUACAAAUACAACCGCCUUGCCGAGGAUGAUAUCAAUGUAUUGGCUACCCUUCCAAGGUCGACACGUGUUGGCUUUCAAGCAGACGAAGACGGGUACUCUUCUUCCGAUUCUGAGAUUGCGCAUGCGCCGCUAGAUUUACGUGUUCAGAGAAAGAAAACGCCACCAAAGAUUACUUCCGGGAUUCCAGCUUGGGUUUUCUGCACCAGAUAUUCAGACAGGCCAUCUGCAGGACCACGUGCACGCAGGCGCAGACAUGGUGUACGACAAACACGUACCCGCACGGCAUUUAAUGAAUUCCAGCUGGAGCAGCUAAAUAUAGAAUUCGACAAUGACCAGUACUUAUCUGAAAGCAGACGACAGCGUCUAGCAAGCGAUUUAAAUCUAAAUGAAGCGAACGUGAAGAUAUGGUUCCAAAAUAAACGAGCAAAAUUGAAGAAAAUUGGGGACCCGCGUCCGUUAGCUCGCCAGUUGCAGUCAGAAGGACUUUACAACCAUAAAUCAUCGAUUGAUUUAUGAUAAUCACUUCACGAUUUUAUUAAUCAAAUGUCAUUAUUUUGUGCUGCAAAUGAUAAUAUUAUCAGUAUUGAAUCAUUACUUUAGUCUCAAAACAUGAUUAUUUAUUUACAUUGCCAUCUAAUUAUAUUGAACUUUUUUGUGAAUAUUAUUUCAAGGCUGGCCUUUGUCCAAAUAUAAAUUAUUAUAUACAUUGUUAAACGGUUUUAAUAUUCAUUUUAUUGUGUCAAUUGGUAUUCAAUGAUUUCAUCAAAUUCAUCAAAUGAUUUAUAACGUCUUGAAAACAUUCAUCAAUCCAAUUCAAACGUAUUGCAAGUGUUAACUUAAUAUAUGUAACUCAUCAAAACCACACACAUGUAAUGAAAUUUUAUACAUUCGUCAUUUUUGAUAUUAAUUGUGUUCUUAUAUUCAUUUGCUUUAUAAAUUUAUUUAUAUUAUUUCUUUCUCUAAAGAUCAUAUAAUUAUUUAUUUAUUCAUUAUUUAUACAUGUCAUUUCUGUCUCGUCACUUUCCAAGGACGCCCACAUAGAUACUGUUUGAAUCAGUAUUUUAGAAUUCCACAUAUAGAUUUAUCUUUUUCAUGCAUUGGUAAUUCCAAAACUUUCACCAAAGCCAUGUAUUAAAAAGAUGUGUAUUAUUUAUCCUGUUUUCUGGAAUAACAUGAUAUUGUGUUUUUUUUGGUACUGUGUAACUGUUGAUUUUACAAUGGAGUGUUGGGGUUUUUUUUGUAAGUGAGCGUGAAAGAUUGUUCGAUAUUUAUAAACAACUCAGUUUAGACCGAACCUGAAUCAAUUUUCAUUUUUGCCGUAUUAAGCGACAUCUUUUACCCUACAAAUGUUUUUAAUCUAAUUUUUCGAAAGUUUUUAUUUUUGUGUACUUUUAUAGUUUUCAAAAACAUACUUAUUACCAUCUUUUGCUUAGUGGCAAUUAGGACAGUUAUAGUGAACUAUUAUUUUUCAUGGAAGUCAAAAUACCACUUAAAAUUUGUUUACAUUUUGGUACUUUUAUGACAAAUAAUUUCAAAUUAAGCACUACUAUCUUUAGGUAAGACACAUAUCAUAAUAUAAACUUUAUAGAACUCAAGAUUUCGCUUUCCAAAAAAGUAAAAACUUACUUAUUUUGACGCAUAAUGUGCCUCUAAUUUUGUUUUAUUUUUCCGAUAAAAUUACUUAACUUCCUGCUCAUAUACUUAUGUAUUUACUCCCUUAUGAUUCAUGUUAUGUGUACAUUUUUGACAAAUUAGAUUCUGCUGAAAUGUCUAUAUUUUUAGU